AUGGACAGUGGUGAUCAUGAUGAAAAGACGUUUUCGAUUGGUGAAACACCGCAAGAAACAAGGUUUUCGCAUGUUCCUAAAUGUUACGAUAUCUCACCGUCUGAUCGACCUACUUUGGACCCUGAGAUGGCAGAUGUGGUGGUUAUUGACUUGGCUGGACUGAAUGACCCUGAUCAACGCCCCACGAUUGUCAAGAAUAUUGGAAAUGCUUGUCGUGAGAGUGGGUUUUUCCAGAUAAUCAACCAUGGGAUCACACAAAAGGUUCUUGACGAAGCAUUAGGAACUGCAUUUGGAUUUUUCAACCUACCAACUACAGAGAAGGUAAGGUACAUGUCUAAUGACAUCCACAAGCCCGUUCGUUAUGGGACAAGCAUAAAGGACGGAAUGGACAAAAUUCAGUUCUGGAGGGUUUUCCUUAAACUGUAUGCUCAUCCUCUUAAUCAGUGGAUUCAUCAAUGGCCUGAUAACCCACCCGACUACAGAGAAAAAAUGGGGGAGUAUGCUAUGAAAGCAAGACAUUUAGCCAUUGAACUGAUGGGUGUCAUAACUGAAAGCCUUGGAAUCGGCCCAAAAUAUCUUGGAACCAAAAUGGAAGAUGGUUUGCAAGUGCUUGCUGUCAAUUGCUAUCCAGAGUGUCCUGAACCACAUAUGGCUCUAGGGUUACCACCUCACUCGGACUAUAGUUGCAUAACCAUAGUUCUUCAUAGCUCGUGUGGGCUUGAGAUCAUGGAUACCUCGGAUGCCACUUGGCGAUUGGUACCUGAAUUGCACGGGGCUCUCCAAGUCCAUAUAGGCGACCACGUGGAGGUACUGAGCAACGGGCUUUACAAAAGCAUGGUGCAUAGGGUCACCCUCAACAACAAGAAAACACGGGUUUCUAUUGCAAGCCUCCAUAGCUUGGAAAUGGAUGAGAAGAUGGCAACUGCUAAAGAGCUUACGGACGAUGAACAUCCAAAAAAGUACAAGGAAAGUAGUUUCAGUGAUUUCCUCGAUUUUCUCAGUAACAAUGACAUUACAGAAGGAAAGAGCUUCAUCGAAUCACUCAAAAUCAACUAG